AUGAGAUCUUCAAUCCUUCAAUCAGACCAUCUUCCAGUCUCAUUUCCUGGCUUGCUUCUGGGGCUCACCAUUACGGGCGCCAUAGUCUAUGUCAUCUACCAGAGAUACCUCCACCCCUUGGCCGCCUAUCCAGGCCCAUUUUGGGCAUCUCUCACGGAUUUAUGGCAGGUCAAUCAAUUUUUAUCUUUGAAGCAACCUUACAACUUGACCGAGCUUCACGAAAAAUACGGGGAGUUCGUGCGGUAUGGGCCGGACAAGUUGAGCAUCACCGCCGAAGAGGUCGUACCACUGGUUUAUCAAAAAGGCGGCCAACGAAUGCCAAAGACGGAGUACUACGACGCUUUUGGGUCCAAGACUCCAAACAUUUUUGGCAUGAGGUCUACAGAGUUGCACUCCAUCAGGCGACGUCACAUGUCGCACAGCUUCUCCAUUACCAGCGUGAAGGGCAUGGAGGAAUACUUGGACCAGAACAUUAAGAUUCUGCGAAACAAGAUUUCUCGGUUCGCAAAGACGGGGGAGGCUUUUGAUCUCAAGAAACUCCUACACUUUUACACCAUCGACGUCCUCGGCGAGCUAGCCUUUAGUCGUUCCUUUGGGGUCCAGGUCUCGGAUGACGAGUCUCGUGUCCCUCCAGUCAUCCCGCACACUCUUCUUGGCUCGACCUUGGGCGCCUGGCCGGCCAUGACAUCAACGCUCAAGCAAUGGCUACCGAGGGUACCCAGCGCCGGCCUGCAUGAUUUGUUUGCAGGACGAGCCAAGUGCGCUGGGUUGGCGGCCGAGUGUGUUCAGAGAAGACUGGCAGAGGUUGAAGAAGACGAGAACAAGGGCAAAGUGCAGAGAAAGGACAUUUUGACGAGUCUCAUCUUGGCCCGACAUCCCGAUACCGGAGAGAAGAUUGCGAGGGUCGAUCUGGAGGCCGAAGCAUUUGGAAUGAUCAUUGCUGGAACGCAUACGACCAGCGCGACAACGACACUGCUGUUCUGGAACCUGCUUCACAAUCCCGAAGCACUCGGCAAGUGUGUGCGAGAGAUUGACGAAAACAUGACAUCGCUAGACAACGGGAAAGAAGCCUACUCGAUUACAGAAGUAGAAACCUCUCUUCCAUUCCUUAGGACAUGUGUCAAAGAGAAUUACCGCAUCACACCCGUUUUCACGAUGCCGCUGGCGAGACGUGUGAUGGCUCCCGAAGGCAUUAUGGUGGCAGGCCGCCAUAUCCAGCAAGGGACAUCCGUCGCAGUUUGCAACCACUCGUUCCAUCACAAUCCACAAGUAUGGGGCAAAGACCACAACAUUUUCGACCCGUCAAGAUGGGAUCGGCCAGAGACGGCUACACGCGCCCGCUAUCUGAUGCAUUUCGGCCUGGGCGGUCGCCAGUGUCUCGGCAAAACGCUUGCGCAAUCCAACAUUUACAAGCUAACCAGCACAUUACUGCGCGACUUUGAGUUUCAACUUUCUGAUCCGAUGGAGAAAAGACUCGCUGCGGAUGGAAGCUUCCGUGGGACUUUGCCAGAGCUGAUCAGCGUUGGGGUGAGUGAUCUGGCGGGGCCUUUGACGGUCACUGCCCGCAGCAGGGAUCGAAUGUGA